AUGCAAGCUUGGGACGGUUUAGGUGCGAGUGGUAAUGCCUUCUUUGACUUCUCUGGGCCCCUGGGUAUGGGCACCUGGGAUGAGGCAAUGUUGUUAAGCCCCAACUCCUGGCCAUCCGAUCCUGCGAUGGCCGUAGGCAAUGCGGCACCAUUGGAGAUUGUUCCACAUCCAAUUCAUCAGCAAAAUCAGUCUAGCACCAACGACCAGUGGGCAGGGGAGCAACAGUUCUCGAGAAUGCAUUCCGGUAGUGUAAGCUCGAUUCCUGACCGGGGUCUGCAGCACCCAGACCCAGCAUCGACAUCUCCAUUCUCUACCGAAGGCGGACCAAAUACUUCCAAUGACGAGGAGCUACUCGUCAACACCUUCUUGGGCAUGUUGAUGCCACCCAUUCUCACACCAGUGGAGAUCGGUCCAAAGUGGGCAUCAACCCGUGCAUUCUUUGGAUCAAUGGCUACAGAGUCACCGCUUGUUCGUGGCGCCAUCAUGGCAUUUGCUGCUAUGCAGAUGCGGCGGAGUGGAAUGGUGACUGUGACAACUACACGUGACUGGAGAUCUCUGUACGAUAAGGCGGCUAGGCAACUUUCCAGCCUUUUGCAUAAGAGGAAUGAGGAUGUGGAGGGAAAAUCUAAAGAUAAUCUAAAGCAUAUCCUAGCCGCCCUCUUUCUCCUCACGUAUACAGAUCUUCUUACGGAGACUCUUCCGCGCGCACAUGCAAACCUUCGGGAGGCAUACAGUUUGAUCCAGAAUACCAACAAAGAAUCAUUCACUAUUCCUGAGAGACGCCUCAUCUCAUGGCUUCGACUACUGGAUGCCCGUGCAGUAUCCACUGCGGGCGGUGAGGGACUCUUUCUGGCCGAUACGGAUGAGUCACUGUUUGAUGCGUCUCCAGCCGCCAAUCCGGCUUCAGAACCCGAAACACUCGACACUGAGAUAGAGGAAAUACUAUUCGAUGUGUUGUAUCAUCCAGGCAUUGUGUUCUACCAAAAGGUUCAGUCAUUCGUUGGCCGCAUCACAAGAAUUGACCCAUGGCAUCGAAGCCGUGGUACUGUACAGGAUGAAACUGAGGUCAUGGCUUUGGCUGCCCAGAUAUCCCAAGACUUGCACGCAUUGUACGGCCAGAGGCCUGCCUUGAUGGAUCAUGCAGUUGCCGGCAACCUUACAGAGAAGCAUUUAGCAAAGAAUCUUGCAGCCGCCCUGACCCGGAGCUUUCGAACUUAUUUGGCCAACUAUUACGCCUCCUUCCUGCACCUACAUCGCGUAGCAUAUGUGCAGUACCCGAAGACUAAGGACGUCAACUCAGCGAUCGAAAACAUCAAGAAACUGUCGCAUCUUAUGGCUGGUACGGACGAGUCACUGCCUGUAAAUGUGCUGUGGCCGCUACUGAUGUGGGGCUGCGAAGAGGAUAAUCUGGAUGAACGAAGGUGGAUAUUGGCCACCAUUAGAGGACUUGAAGGUAUUGCAACAAAUGCAAAAGCAACCGCCGAUCUCCUCGAGGAAGUCCAACGCCGUCAAGAUGAAGGAAAGCGAAGAAUGGACGUGCGAUCGGUCAGUCAGGAGCAUUUUGCAAAGACCCACCAUUUUGCGAUUGUAUGA